AUCAGGGAGGGAGGGAGGGAAGAAGAGGGUUUGUCGUCAUUAGGUUUUGUUGGUUGGAAAUGGUGAAUUCAAUGGUGGAAAGAGCAACAAGCAGCAUGCUUAUUGGACCUGACUGGGCCAUGAAUACUGAGAUCUGCGAUAUCUGCAAUCAUGAUCCUGCGCGAGCUAAGGAUGUUGUUAAAGGCAUUAAAAAGCGUAUGGGAAGCAAGAAUCCAAAAGCUCAGCUUCUUGCGUUAACACUAUUGGAGACAAUGAUGAAGAACUGCGGGGAUUUUGUCCAUAUGCAUGUGGCUGAGAGAGAUGUGCUUCAUGAGAUGGUGAAAAUGGUUAAAAAAAAGCCUGAUUUUCAUGUAAAAGAGAAGAUCUUAAUUCUAAUAGAUACUUGGCAAGAAGCUUUCGGAGGGGCAAGGGCAAGGUAUCCACAGUACUACGCAGCUUACCAUGAGUUACUGCGUCUUGGGGCGGUAUUUCCACACAAGGCAGCACCUCUCUUAACAAACCCACAAGCACAGAGUAGUAGUAGCAGGUCAUCAUCAUAUCCAGAAAAUGGCAAUGAAUCAUCAGAGUUUCCAACCUUGAGCUUGACAGAACUCCAGAAUGCACGUGGUAUCAUGGAUGUACUUGCUGAAAUGCUGACCGCAAUAGAUCCAGAAAAGAAAGAGGGGCUUAGGCAAGAGGUUAUUGUAGACUUGGUUGAGCAGUGUCGUACUUACAAGCAAAGAGUGGUGCACCUUGUGAACUCAACUUCGGAUGAAUCACUUUUAUGUCAAGGUUUAGCUCUCAAUGAUGACCUGCAGCGGGUCCUAGCCAAACACGAAUCACUCGUUUCCGGAACAAAGCCUGAAACAGGUAGUCAAGCAUUGGUACCAGUUGAAGCCUCUCUUAUUGAUACGGGCGACACCAAACAAUCUGCUGCUGCUGGGUCUGCCUCUGGUGGUGUGGCGGCAGAGUUACUGGCUAUUACUCCUGUUACAUCCAAUGCCAAUGCAACAGCAGAAGUCAAUCCCAAGUUUGACCUUUUGAGUGGAGAUGACUUUAGCUCUGAAAAUUCCCUAGCUAUUGUACCAAUGCCAAUGGGUGAACCCGAGUCUACUACUACAUCUCAACAGCACAAUGCCCUAGCCCUUGUGGACAUUCUUUCACAAAAUAAUAAUAAUAAUAAUAAUAAUAAUAAUGUGCCAAGUGCUCCAGGACAAACACCACAUCAGUUUCAACCAUCACAAAGUUUUGAUUCACUUUACACAAAUCCAUAUGACCCACAAACACCAUUCAACCUAGGAUCUACUUCUUCAUGGAAUGGCCAUCUGUCUCAACAGCAGCCACCUUCACCUCCUGCUGCUUUUGGAAGUGAGGGGCUACCAGCGCCACCUUGGGAAGCUGAGUCAAUGGAUGAUAACAAGAUAGGAAGUGGUCGAUACCCACAACCACAAACCAAUGAUCAGGGGAUGAGUAUGUAUAUUCAGCAACCAAUUACCACCGCCCAUCUCCCACCAUCUGUAUAUCCUCCUCCUCAACAACAAUUUCAAGGACAACAAAUAAUGGGUAUGAUCCCACAGCACCAAAUUCAACCUGGUCAACUUCACAUGUACCCUCAACAACUAGCUCAACAAAUGUACUCUAACCAAAUGCCACAACCACCCUAUGGCUACGGCUACGGCUACGGAUACGGAUACGGAUACACGCAACAACAGAAUGCGCAGUUCAUUGAUCAAAGAAUGUCGGGGUUGUCUUUGAAUAAUACUACAACAGCUUACGCUGGUCCUUCCAUGGCUAAUGCAUCGUAUGUACAUGUGCCGUCGGGAAAGCCUACAAAGGCAGAAGACAAGCUUUUUGGAGACUUAGUUGAUUUCUCCAAAGUUAAGCCUAACAAAAGCUGAUGAGAUAAUCAUUCCCUUCCUAUAUACUUGCUUUACUUUUGUUUUUACUUCAUAUUCCUGUUUUUUACCAGCUUUUAUUUUCCUCGGAUUUAUGUACAUUUACAUGUUUACGGUGAACAGGAAACAUUUCAUUCUAAUAA